AUGUCGGCGGCGAUUACGUAUCACGGAGUACCCGGUGCUCAGGGUACACUUUUCAGAGAAACCAGCUUCUUUGUCACGCAGCGCGUUCCCGACAGGAAAAACAUCCUGGAUCUGAUUACGCAAAAUGGCGGUAAGAUUGUCAAGUUGGACAAGCAGGCGGACAUGGUCAUCGCCGAUCACGUCAGGCCAGAUUGCCCCUUGGGAUCACUUCAUUGGAAGUUUAUCAAGGAUUCCGUCGACAACGGUGCUUUGCAGGAGACAGACAAGUAUCUUAUUCACCCGUCUCCCGUAGCGUCGCGUGCGGUCGGACAUUCUCGCUCCGCUGUAUUGUCGGCGCCAAUCAAAGGAACCCGCACUCCGUUCAACACAGCCGACGAUGCGAGUCUGACCAAAUGGGUCCUCUCUCACCCGCCUAACAAGAGGAGCGGCAACGAAAUCUACAAGGCAUUUGAAGGGAUCAACAAUCGUCAUACUUCGCAGUCUUGGAGAGAUCGCUGGGUGAAGAAGGUCUCCAAGUUGUCUCAGGCCGCCCUAGAGAGCUUGGCUGCUUCCGCUCCCGAGGCUCAGCCCCUGGUGCCAUCACCAACCCCGUCCUCUACUAGACGUGCUGGACUUGCUCAAGCGGGAAGGAGACGAUCGCCUUCUCGGGUUGCAUCACCUGCUGCUCGAUCAUCUGCACCAGAGACUCAGCGGGUCAGAGACUUCCAAGAGACAGAAGUCAAAGCAGAACUCACCCCCACAAAGAAACUCACAUUCACCAAUACGGAAAACGAUCUGCUUCUCCAGGAGGCCAGAGAGCAUGGCCCCCCAUUCACCACUCGCUUUUUCCAGGAGUUCGCAGAAAGACACCCUGUUCAUUCCUGGGCUGUUUGGAAAAGGCACUGGACAGAUGUCUUGAAAGCGCGGUUGGAUGAGGACGUUGAGGACGAACCCCCUUUGCCGAAGGAGCCACGGGCGAACAGCAUGUCCAGUCCAGACACAGGCCGCAGCAGCGAACCGAGUCGACGCAAGGAAAUGACCAGGCAGCCUGAUAGAAUCUCUGAUAUCCAGAAUUUGGAGCCUGUUGCGCCACCAGUUAAAGCUGUAGUGAAAGAGGAUGACGGCAAGAAGGUGUCAGAGCCCCAACGCGAUGGCGAAGCGUCUCAAGGUGUUUCAAGGGAAGAUUUUUUCGAUCAUCUGAAGGCGUUCCGGGAGUACGGAGGAUUAGAUGCUGGUAUCAACCCCGAAGUCAAUGGGCAGCCCAUCGACAUAUGGCUCCUUUGGCAAGCGGUGAGGGGCCAAUACCAGCAAGGGGGUGUCGAAAUUGACUGGGAAGCGGCCGCUAUCGCUGUGGGCUUGCAGAGUGAAGCUUCUCAGCCACUACAGCAAUGCUACAUGGAGUACGUCGCCGAUUUCGCUGCCAGUGGUAUGUUGGACGAAUCCGAUGCAGAGUCCGAGGACGAUGAGUCUGAGGUAGAAUUGCCGCCCCAAGAUUCUCGAUCAGAUGUUCUUAUCGCGACCUCCCAGAAGAGGCCAGCCCUCGCUGUGGAGACUUCCGUUACACCUUCGACCCCAAGUAACAGAAAGAAGCGACAGCGUCUCGGCGCAAACGAUGAAAUUCCUUCAACCCCCGAUGAGAGAUUAGGGAUUGCCAGUUUCGGAAAUCUUGGCCCUAGCCCUUCGCUCAGCGCUGGGCGGGUUUUCAGGAGGAACUAUGACGAGGAAGACAUGGGAGUAGACGGGAACCUUGAGCAACCCCUCAUCGGAAGGGGUCCUCGCUUCGAACCAGAGACGCAAGACUUCGCCUUCGCCUUCGAAGCUUCUCCUCAACAGGACUCUCAAGUCAGUGGCGAGUUUGAUAUCUCGCCGUCGCAGCAACUACUUAGUGAAGUCGACGCUGUGACUCCCGUGCCUCUGUAUUUCAGGGACAAAGGCAAGAGCAGCGAGAGGGUUCCAGUCUCAAACCCCGUCCUAGUCCGGAAUCUUCAAGCCUUAGCAGUCGAAGAAGCCGUUGAAGAAGCCGUCAGAGAACAGACAGAACGAGCCAUCCCCGACUCCCAAGAAUCAGCUGAUAAGACCGCCGAGCUCGAGGACUUGAUCGAUCGCUUCGACAACUUUGGCUACUCGCGCGAGGAUAUUGUUACGGCGCUCAACGCCACAUCACUCUGCACACCGCUGGCCACAGAUGUGCUGAAAUACCUCAAACAGCACAAAGAGUUGCCCCACAACUGGCAAGGCGUCUGGACGGAGAACGACGACAAGCGACUCCGACGGGUUGAUGACGCGGACCAGCGAGCCGGGCCUGAUAGAGCUAGGCUGCAAAAGUACUGGGACUAUCUGGUAAAAAAACACAUGCCAGAGCGGAUCGAGCGAAGAAGGGAGUUUUUAGCAUAUCUGGAUGAGAUCGCUGAGAGCUCUCAGUGA